CCGCGCCAUUUGCUAGCUUUCGACGUCUACCCGGCAGAUUUGCUUUAUCAAGAGCUCGUUCGCCAACCACCCCCACCUCCUCUGCUGCUCAAUCUAGAAGGCCGGUUCGUCGGACGUGGCGGCGAAGGUGUUCGCCUCUCAGAUGGGAUUGCGCGCCGUUUCCGUGUCAAUUCAGGUCAACUAUCUGUUUGGCAUGUAUCUGAGUUUUCUCGAACCUGCUUACCUGGACCUAGCCACGGGCAAUUCCACCGAGGCGACACAUAUGUGAUUAGGUGGCCAUUCGACGUAGUCUACACUGGGCUUCGGGAGAUGCGUCAGAUCAGCUCUUCCUCCUCAGAACAAUGCGCCUACUUCUUUUGGCAGGGCUGUCAGAGUCGAGUUAGUGAACAGGGGGCUGCUGCUUUAAUGACAAUCGAGCUGGAUGAGGAGCGUGGGCCUCAGGUGAGAGAUUAA